AUGGCCUCCUACUCUGGAGAGCCAGGGCUCCUGUCCUGUGGGUCCUGUGACAUGGUUUUCCGCUCCUGGCCGCUGUUGGCCACCCACACUCAGCGCUUCUGCAUUGGCCGUCUGACCCGAGAGGUAACACCUGGAGCCCACCUCUCAAAAGGGCCGUCUCUGUGGCCACAUGGGUGGGUAUUUAAGCAACUCUGACCCUCAGGAUAUUUCAUCCCCACACCCUGUCGCCAGGUGGUGCCACAAGAACACCAGGGCCUCCCAGACCAGGAAGCCAGCAAAUUGGCUCUUAAGAAGCUAACAGAAGAGGUACAACGGCUGCGGCUGUACCUACAGGAAAUGCGACCCUGGAUAACAAAGGUCUCCAGAGGAUUAGAAGGGCCCCGGAGCCAAACUGAGGUGCAGACUCAGGGCCCCACCCCCGAAGUUGCUGGAAGCCCUGGCGAGCGGCUGCGAGCGCUGCAGGGGACUCACGCAAAGCGGGUGGCGGAGACGGAGUCACAGAGCCGGGCCCUGGAGCGACGCAGCGAAGAACUGAGCCAACGCCUCCACGGUUUGGCCCAGACCCGGGGCGGAAUAUCCCGCCUUUCCGGUCUGGAGCGGGAGCUUCGAGAACUCCGGGCAGAAGCCGGGCGAACGCGGGGAGCUCUAGAAGUGCUAGGGACACACGUUCAGCAGCUACAGCCGGAAUCCUGGACCCGGCUCAACGCCUUGCGAGAGGCGGAACUCUGUUGUCUGGUGCUACAGGCCAACCCAGGGACUCUGGCUGCCGAGAUCGGGGCCCUGCGUGACGCCUACGUUCGAGGCGGGGGCCGGAACCCUGGCGUUCUGGGCCAGAUAUGUCAGUUGCAGGUGGAGGCAUCAGCGCUGGAGCUGCGGAGGCUGCGGACCCACAGAGGAAGACGGGCAGGUGUCGCACUGGGGGAGCUUCUAGUGGUGGAAGCCGAAAACCGGCGCCUGGAGGCAGAAAUCCUGGCCUUGCAGAUGCAGAGGGGCGCAGGCCCUGCGUCCUGGGGGCCUAGCGAGCCUCGACCCGUGGUGAAUCCCCCCCGAUGCCUGGGGAGGAGCGAAGAUCCCCCGCGCCUCCCACCGCCGGUGGCUCCCCCGCUGCCGCCGCAUCCGCACUCCACAGGCAUCCUAUUGAGUGGCACAGAAAAGGCCGUGAGGAGUUGGGGAAGCAUGGGCACCGAGGAGGCUCUCGGCAGGAGUCCACUCUUCCCCCACCCACAGCUGCAGGUUCCUGGCACCCUGACCAGGAACCCUGGCCUGGAUCCAUACUUCCUCCUGCCGGCUCCUGACGUUCUGGGCCCUGCACCCUAUGACCCUGGGGCUGGGCUGGUCAUUUUCUAUGACUUUCUUCGGGGCCUUGAGGCUUCUUGGCUUUGGGUGCAACUCAUGACUGGCCUGACACGAGAUGGACAGGACACAGGAGGGGUCACAGCAUUGCCCCCAGCCCUUUGCUUGCCCUCACCUCCAGCUCCUGGGCCCAUGGGCAACUGUGCCAUCCUUGCCAGCAGACAGCCCGUACCCAGGCUGCCACCUUCACCAUCGGUAGCCCUGGUCUGUGAGCUACAGGCCUGGCAGGGGCUGGCAUGGGCUAGGGAACCACAGCCGAAGGCUUGGGCCUCACUGGUGCUAUUUGACCGGGAUCAAAGGGUGCGAAGUGGCCGUUGGCGUCUUCCACUUCGGGCCCUUCCUCUGGACCCCAGCCUUACCCUUAGACAGCUGAAUGGGAUUCCCCAGGUAGGUGAGGUUGAGCUCUUUCUGCGACUGGUUAACGCAAGAGAUGAAGGUGUCCAGACACUGGCCGAUAUCAACCCAGCAAGUGCCCAGGAGUACCAGUACCCACCUCCGAUGUCCAGCUCACCUUCACUGGAAGCAAGCUCCCUUGCCCCAAAAGCUGGCUUUGUUGACCCUCCUCCUCCUGCAGAAGAGCCCUCAGCAGCAGAGUCAAGGAUAGAUGGUUUGGGCCCUCAUCACAGCUUUGACCCACACCCUCUGGCUUUCAGAGUCUAG